CUCGAGCGGUUAUAGCUUCAGUUCAGCUCGGCGCUUUGACCGCGCAGCGUCGCGCGUAGGAAGCGGAUCGUCGAGCGCGCUUUGCCUUUUGACAGCGGGGAACACUCUCUCUCUCGGCUGUUUCCUCGCAGUUCCCGAUACUUGGCCACUGGAAUAAUUUAAACAUAAAAAUUAAAAAUCAAAGUUGUUCCAUAAAGUAAUCGGACGAGCGGAGAAAACGAUUCUCGCUGUUUCGUGGUUUCUUUUGUGGUUGCACGAGGAAAACACGAGGACCGAGCGGGAGAUCGGAGCUCGAAGGAUGGCAGCAUAGGCGGCAUACAAUUGAACGGCAGCAUGUGCUAUGUGAUAGUCACUGGUCGUAGUUUGCUGUGGACGUUGCUGUCCCUGGUGGCGUUAAUGGCCGUUUUAUCGGGCCUCAUCACUCCGAAAUGGCUGAUUGGACCGCAGAUGAAGGACACGAAGAACGGAUCAGAGUCCUACGUACCGACAGUUGGAAUUUUCAAUCGUUGCAUCAGGCUGCACGGGAAGAAGACUCAUUGCGCGAAUUUUAACUUGGACGGCUUCGCGACGGAUUCCAGUGUGUUUCCAGGCUGUUGGAAAGCCUCGUACUUCUUUUUGUCUUUCGGCCUGGCGAUUAUGGCGAUGACGGUGUUGGCAGCUUUGGUUGGCUGCUGCAUGCAGAGCAUCGGCAGAAAAAGCAUCUUCAAUUUGGCUGGUGUGGCCCAAGUCAUCGCUGGAAUAUUUUAUCUGUUGGGAAUGAUUUUGUAUCCAGCCGGUUGGGGCGCAGAAAGGGUUCAAAGGAUCUGCGGACCGGAAGCCGAUGCUUUCUACCUCGCUGAAUGCUCCUUAGGUUGGGCUUUUUAUAGUGCCGUGAUAGGGGUCGGGUUGACGUUUAUUUGCGCAGUAAUCAGUGGGCAAGCGGAAAAGUCGACAGCCAGCGACAAAGUUCAAGACAAGAUGAACGAGGGGAAAACUUUGAUUUGUCUCGCGUGAAACGAGAAAAAUUGGGGAACGUAUCAUCUGAUCGAUGCUUUUUGGAACAUCCACGCGUCACCAUUUUCUGCGCCAGAAAAUGAACGAUGAAAGAAAAUGCCAAAUAAUACUACUUCCUCUUCUCGACGAAAGAAAGAGAAAAAGAGGAAAUUUGUCGCGGGACCAAAUUGAGGAUCAAGGUCGGUGAUACUUCUUGACGAAGUUAUUAAAUUUUUGCUCGGACGGAGAGUAUUACUUAUCACCAGAAAUGAAUCUGUGCCAAUUAAUCCUUCCCCAAGUUUUCUAUCGAAAUAUAGCAUUGUAGUUGUU